GGCCGAUUACCCUGACGCUCUCCAGCCAUGGGUUGCCUUCAAAGUGUCGCCUGCAAGCCCCGAAUCAAACGCGAGAACAUCGUUGUUUAUGACGUGUCUGCUACGAUUGACCAUUGUCCGACAGUGAUCGAGGAGAAUUCACCCAUAGUGCUCCGCUACAAAACCCCGUACUUCAAGGCCUCCGCCCGGAUAGUAAUGCCGCCGAUCCCUCGAAAUGAGACUUGGGUUGUGGGUUGGAUUCAAGCGUGCACUCAAAUGGAAUUUUACAACACUUAUGGAGACCUCGGCAUGUCAAGCUGGGAGCUGCCAGAGUUACGAGAAGGACUGGUAAAGGCCAUCAGCGACUCAGACGGGGUGAGUUACCCGUGGUACGGAAACACAACGGAAACGGUGACCCUCUCCGGCCCCGCAUCCAAACCCUCACGCUUCUCUGUCAGCAUGAAUGAUAACUUCUACCCCAGCGUAACAUGGGCCGUACCGGUGAGCGAGAGCAAUGUGCCUUUGCUCACGCGGAUCAAACGCGACCAGAGCUUCACCACUUGGCUGGUGGCUUUGAAUAUGGCCACACAGGAGAAGAUCCUCCUGCAGACAGUGAAGUGGAGGAUGAAAGUGGACAUCGCCGUGGACUCCUCCAAGCCACUGGGAUCUCGAGCAAGACUCACCGGCCGGGUGCACCAGGACCAGCCCAAGGUGUUGACUCACAUGGAGCCGAUCCCCCUUAAAGCUCUGGGUAAACCUAAUGCUAAUGACGCCCAAGUGCUAAUGUGGAGGCCCAAGCGAGGACCACCAUUAGUGGUGAUCCCCUCCAAGUAGCAGGAUGUGGGAAAACGUGAAAGUUUUCAAUCAAAAUUUGCCUUAAAUCCACACUACUGCCUUUAAAGAGAUGCUUGGUUCUUGAAUGGCCAUAGAGACACUUAAGGGGACAGUUCAUUCCAAAAAAAUCAUAAU